AGUGGGAGAAGCGGUGCGGUGUGGCGCAGAUCAGCGCAGAUGCGCGUGAACGAUCAAACGUAUAACAUCUCGUGAACGCUCGGUGCCUCUCGCAGCUUCGUGCUAGGAAGCCCUGCGAUACAACUACCGGUGUAUCGAAACGUUUGACCGAAACCUCGUUCUUCGGAGACUCGUCGAGCAACCGUCUACUCGGAUGUGACUCAGUUCCCGACCGGGAAAGCGAUCGAUAGCAUAAGUCGUUAGGUUACUAUUUACUACAGUUGACACACACGACCUCCUAUAAUUCUCAUAUCUCUCGACGCGAUGCCUCUCACGGCGGACGCGGCGGCGACUCAGAUACAAGAGCUCUUGAAGAAUAUUUACAAGCUCGUACACGAGAUUGAGAGUCAGCGAGUCCGCUCGGAGCACAAUCUAAACAAUAUCAUGAAGACCCACGAAAAGGUCACACCGGACGACAAAGUCUCCCCUUACUACCAGCAAAAGUUGAAGAAUCUGUACAACGCCGCGGUGACCGACACCCAGCAGGAAGAGGAGAUCCUGCGCAAGGCUCUCGACAAGAUCAACGAGAUCCGCACGUUACGAAAUGACCUACGUAUACAGGCACGUCAAGCCGGCAACAAGGAGACCAUCAGGCGCGGCGCACUGAUGAAGAUGCUGCUGAGCACCGCGCAGACCCUGCCCCUCUACGUGGGAAAGACACCGGGCCACAAACCACCACCAUUGUGCGGCGCGAUACCCGCCGAGCCCACGUACAUCGCGAAAACGGGAGACAUGGUAGCCGCCCUGGUGAAGGGCAACGAGGAGGGGGAGAACUGGAUACUCGCGGAGGUCCUGCACUUUAAUCCCACGACAAACAAAUACGAGGUGGACGAUAUCGACGAGGAGCAGAAGGAACGUCACACGUUGUCGCGGAGACGAGUUGUGCCGUUGCCGUUGAUGAGGGCCAAUCCCGAGACCGAUCCGCACGCUCUGUUCUCGAAAGGAUCUACAGUAAUGGCGCUGUACCCGCAAACUACUUGCUUUUACAAAGCGGUCGUGCAACGUCUACCGACGACCGCCACGGAAGAGUACCUGGUCCUGUUCGAGGACGCCGCCUACACGACGGGCUAUUCACCACCACUGAAUGUAGCGCAACGAUACGUGAUUUCCAUCAAAGAGAGCAAAAAAAAUAAGAGUCAAUUUUCAAGUCCCGAGAGAAGUGCAAGCCGAGAUAUUCUUAGCCUGGUUUGUUCUUUUUAAUCAAUGUCGGCCGUU